AUGGAGCGAUGUGGGUACCUUUAUGAUGAUGGUGAUAGAGUGGAUAAAGACGUGGAUAAAGGAAAAAGGAAGAGGCGGCAAAAAGAAAUACAAGAGCUGAAGAGGUUUCUCGCGGCGGGAGGUGGCGGAAAGGGUGGGCGUUAUCGGACUCUGCAUUCCCACACAGAGACAGAGACAGAGAUGGCAAGUCUGCAGCAUGAACCACGAGUUACAGGAGGGAGCAAUCGUGUUUCAGCUGUUGAUCUUUCUGUUCUCAACUCCAAAGACUAUGAUGAUCAUAAAGAUAUCGACCAUGAUCAGAAACCUGGAUGGAAAAGUUUUCUCUCCUUUGUUGGCCCUGGUUUCCUAGUGUCAUUGGCUUAUCUCGAUCCUGGCAACAUGGAAACCGAUUUACAGGCAGGAGCCAACCAUAGAUACGAGCUACUUUGGGUGAUUUUAAUCGGGCUAAUCUUUGCACUUGUUAUUCAAUCUCUGGCUGCCAAUCUUGGUGUAAGCACUGGGAAACAUUUAUCAGAGUUGUGUAAGGCUGAAUACCCUAUCUUUGUCAAGUAUUGUUUGUGGCUGCUAGCCGAGGUUGCAGUCAUUGCAGCAGAUAUUCCCGAAGUGAUCGGAACAGCUUUUGCACUGAAUAUCUUAUUCAAGAUUCCAGUUUGGGUUGGAGUUCUUCUCACUGGUCUCAGCACCCUCCUCCUUCUUGGCCUCCAAAAAUAUGGUGUGAGGAAGCUUGAAAUAUUGAUAGCUAUUCUAGUUUUUCUGAUGGCUGGUUGUUUCUUUGGAGAAAUGAGUUAUGUGAAGCCACCAGCUGGUGAUUUGCUAAAGGGAAUGUUCAUUCCUAAACUUAGUGGUCAAGGCGCCACUGGUGAUGCCAUUGCUCUACUUGGUGCCCUUGUCAUGCCGCAUAACUUGUUUCUCCAUUCGGCUCUUGUUCUUACUCGGAAGAUACCAACUUCAGUUCGUGGCAUCAAUGAUGCAUGCAGAUACUUCCUGAUAGAGAGUGGCAUUGCUCUCUUUGUAGCAUUCUUGAUUAACGUCUCAAUGAUCGCUGUUUCUGGCACUGUUUGCUCAGAAAAAAACCUACCAAGUGAAGAAAUGGAUCGUUGCAGCGAUCUCACCCUUAACUCAGCUUCAUUUCUUCUAAAAAAUGUUUUGGGAAAGUCCGGCUCUACUCUUUAUGCAAUUGCACUGUUAGCUUCUGGUCAGAGUUCAACAAUCACAGGCACUUAUGCUGGACAAUUCAUUAUGUCGGGUUUCCUGGACUUAAAAAUGAGGAAAUGGCUCAGGAAUUUGGUAACAAGGUGCAUCGCCAUCACACCGAGUCUAAUAGUGUCAAUAAUUGGUGGGCCUUCUGGAGCAGGAAGACUAAUUAUAAUAGCAUCUAUGAUACUGUCAUUUGAACUUCCAUUUGCACUCAUUCCACUACUCAAGUUCAGUAGCUCAAGUACCAAAAUGGGACCUCACAAGAACUCAAUAUUUAUCAUUCUUUUCUCGUGGGCACUAGGACUUGGAAUAAUUGGCAUCAACAUCUACUACUUGAGCACUGCAUUUGUCGAUUGGCUAAUCCAUAGCACUUGGCCAAAAGUGGCUAAUGUGUUUAUUGCAAUAUUAGUUUUUCCAGUCAUGGCUGCUUAUGUUCUCUCAGUGAUCUACCUUAUGUUGCGUAAGGAUGUUGUGGUUACAUAUAUUGAGCCAUCAAAAGGUGACCCUAUUGCUCAAGAUAACAUGGAAAGUGGAAAUGAUGCUAAUAGAAGACCAGAGUUGACAAAUGCUCCUUACAGAGAGGAUCUUUCUGACAUCCCAUUUCCACAAUAGUGUAUCUGAAACAUUCUGAGUGGAUUCAAAGGCGUUCAUUGGUAUCUAGCCUUCUUAAAUAU